AUGGGCGAAAUAAAUUUAGUCCCGGAGUGCUCCUUGGCUGGCACGGUGCUUGAUCAUGCGUUUCGAGUGGCUGUCAAUGUGCUCACAAUUGCCUGCCCCUGUUCUCUCGGUUUGGCCACACCCACUGCUGUGAUGGUAGGCACCGGUGUUGGAGCUCUUCAUGGGAUCCUCAUCAAGGGUGGUCAACCACUGGAAAAUCUGUGCAAGGUUUCUACCAUCCUCUUUGAUAAGACGGGAACAAUCACCGUGGGUCGUCCUCAACUCUCAAGAAUUGUCAUAUUUAUGCCUGCAACGCCUUCCAAUCCUGAAUCAAAAAAUCAAAAAGUUGAUCCACAGACUCCCACUUCUCCAAGCCGUCUCCUCUACAUGGUUGGUAGCGCGGAGUCCACAGCUCAGCAUCCAAUUGCAACGGCUAUUGUUCGUAUGCUACGUAGCAUUCAAUGUGCCUCCAAAGAACAGUCAAACUGCCAUGUUUGGAAAUCAGAAUUUGCCAAGGUGACCAAUGCGGAGACGGUGCCAGGAUAUGGUAUGUCAUGCGAUGUCAUGGUGUUGCCCGAAGACUGCCCUAGUGGAACUGAACUACCUCGGCCCACUCGUCUUUCGUCUGAUGGACAAUCAGAUCAGCAAAUCCAACUCUAUGCUGACUAUGAUGCUGCUUUACGUCUGGAGCUAGACUACUACUCAGUGAGGUGGAACUCGGACAAUUCACCACUUUCCUGGGCUGAUGUGACUCAAGGUGGCAUCUAUCAUCUACUCGUUGGUAAUCGGAGGUGGAUGCAAAAAAACGCUGUUGCGGAGCCACUGAUGGAUUUGGAUUCUGUCGUACGAAAGGAUGAAGAGGAGGGACGCACUGUAGUUCAUGUGGCAGUCGACAAUCGCCUAAUUGCUCUUAUUACAAUUGCAGAUCCAAUCAAACAUGAGGCUGCACUUACUGUUGCAGCUCUCAAAGUCAUGGGCAUUCGUGUGGCUCUCCUUACCGGGGAUAACACUCGAUCUGCUACCUCCAUCGCAAGAAAGGUUAGGCUUAUCGGUCAUUGUGUCGGUAUCCGUGACGUCCACAGUGAAGUGAUUCCCGCACACAAAGCAGCACAAGUUAGGCGGAUACAGACACGUCAUGUCAAAGCAGACGAUCAUGGAUCUGCGAAAUGGAACCAUUUGGUGGCGAGGAAUGGAAAGGCGGAGAGUGACAAGUACUUCGUAGAUGAACGAGUGGCAUUUCUGCAGACCUUAAAAUACUCAGACGGCUUGAGUCAAACAGUUCAAAUCUCUCUCGAGGAGGAUUCCUCCUAUUCUGAAACAGAUAACGAUGAUGGUGAUGACCCUCUCCACCCAUGUCCUGGUGAUCUUAAGGCACCAUUCGCGAGCUCAGGUCGCAAAAGAUUCCUCGAUGAUCGUAAAGGGAAAUACACGCAGCGAAAACGCGAAUUUGUCGCAAUGGUUGGCGAUGGAGUUAAUGACAGUCCAGCACUUUCUCAAGCCGACGUUGGAAUUGCCAUAGGCUGUGGCGCUGAUGUAGCUGUGGCAACAGCAGACGUCGUUUUAGUUCGUAACAACCUCGUAGAUGUAGUAGCUGCCAUCUCCCUUUCAAGAGCAACAGUGCGUCGCAUCCGCCUCAACUUCUUCGCUGCUUUGAUCUACAAUGCCAUCGCCAUUCCAGUUGCCAUGGGAUUCCUCGUCCCCAUUGGAAUUGAAUUCGCACCAUGGAUGUCAUCAGCAGCAAUGGCAACGUCGUCUGUCACUGUGGUUUGUCUUUCCCUCCUGCUCAAGCGCUGGAAAAAGCCUACGGAGGCAUCACUGGUGUCACAGAAGUAUCUGCGACUUUUGGCUAACAGCGGUCUCGCUCUCGAUCAGGUACGGGUGAAACGCGGCAACGCUUUAAGCAAGUGCACCGAGGCACGGAAUGAAGCAAACGGCGAGGAGAGCAACAAUUAG